CGUUGUUUACAAGUAGAGGCUCUCCUCAGAAGCUCCUUUGUAACAGCUAAUCCCUGUUUGUUGCCUUCAUAGCUUUACAGUAAACAUCCUCGGGUUAAAUUUGAACAAAAGGAUGUGUAAUUAGACAAAUUUGGUACUUAAAAAAAUCAUAAUUGAGUCAUCCUUAAACUAUUGCCUACUUUUUACCAGACAGUUUUAAAGUAUACUUUUUUGACAUUUACCCUUUUGACAUAUUAAUUGAGUGACUAAUAACAGGAAUGACAUUAUUUUACAUGCGUUCAGGAUUUUCUUAUUCAUUCACAGUUCAGCCAAAACUUGUGUAGCUCCAGAUGUUUUGGUGCUCUGUGCCACUCUGCCAUUUUUGUUUUUAUUUCAUUCAAACAAAGGGACUGUCAUCCCAGCCCUCCUUCAUGCUAUAUAAAUCUGAAGGUUUAUGAUAGUUACUAUUAAGGAGAUUAUUUGGGUUCCCUAAUCUCCAAUCUGAGGAUUAACCGAAGCUAUUGGUGUGUCCAGAUUAUUACGUCUCUUUUUUCGGCCCCACUGUUUACACCCCCGCAGCGGCUGUAGCAUAUUGUUUUUGUGUCCGAACAGUCCUUGAACGCAACACUCGCUCCAUAUUAACUCCCUGUUAUUUUUAAGGUAAAUGUUUUAAGGGGUUGAGAUUUUUUGCGUUGACUCGAGGUUCAGAGUAUCGUCAUGGAGGAGUCAUCGGUUCCCCCCAUUGACCCAGAUUUCGAGCCGCAGAGCAGACCCCGGUCCUGCACGUGGCCGCUCCCCAGACCAGACAUCUCGGCUGUCAAACCGGAGGGCGCGGAUGGCACCGAGUCCGCCGCCGGCACCCCGCCCGCCGACGAGGACAAGCCCGAGCCGCAGCAAAUCACUUCCGAGCCCGAGAAGGCAGCGGCGGCGGCCGAGGGCGGGGCCGCGGCCGGUGUGGGCGGAGCCGGAGCGACGCCCCGCAAGGGAUCGUCCCGGCGCAACGCGUGGGGGAACCAAAGCUACGCAGAUCUGAUUAGCCAGGCCAUCGAGAACUCACCUGAGAAGAGGCUGACCCUGGCCCAGAUCUAUGAGUGGAUGGUGAAAACAGUGCCUUACUUUAGAGACAAAGGAGACAGCAACAGCUCAGCUGGGUGGAAGAACUCAAUCCGCCACAAUUUAUCACUCCACAACAAGUUCUUGAGAGUACACAAUGAAUCAACAGGCAAGAGCUCCUGGUGGAUGCUCAAUCCGGAAGGAGGAAAGACCGGGAAAGCUCCUCGCCGCCGGGCUGCCUCCAUGGACAACAGCAGCAAGCUGCUGAAGAGCCGCAUGAGAGCCAAGCAGACCAAGAAGCAGGCGGGGGCGGCAGGCAGCGGGGCGCUGCAGGGUGACGGCAGCACGGGCUCAGCUGGUGCAGACAGCCCUAAUUCAUCUCAGCAGUUUUCCAAAUGGGGGGUCAACAGCAGCAGCCCCUCAUCCCGUGGCAGUCUGGACGAUACCGACAUGUGGACGACCUUCCGCCGCCCACGCACAAGCUCUAAUGCCAGCACCCUGAGCGGACGUCUGUCCCCCAUCGCUCCCGGCCAGGAGGAUGACGACAACCUGCCUGAAGAUGGGCUGCUGGGAAGGUACACCGCCAGCAGCUUGACCCCCACCCUCACUGAGACCCUCAUGGAGGAGCUGGAUCUGAUCGAUGGCCUGACUUUGAUGACUGGGCAGCAGGGAGGGGCCAGUCCCAGCACAGCCCCUCCAGCACCUCCCACCCCACUGCCCUCCGCCUCCACUCUGCUGCCUCGCGGCUCCAGCUUCUCCUCCUUUCAUCAGCUGCAACCCUCCAGCCUCCCGCAGGCCCCCACUCACACAGGGACCCAGGCCUCUGUCUCGCAGUGCGGACCCAGCAGCAAAGAGCCGUCGACUUUUAGCAACUCUCUCUUCAACCCUAUGCCCAGCUCGGGGCCUCGUGGGAGUAGCCAUUACAGUACCCACGUGCCUUCCAGCCUGGAGGCGCUGCUCACCUCAGACUCCCCUCCCCCGAGUGAUGUCAUGAUGACCCAGGUGGAUCCUCUCAUGCCCAGUCCUGGAGGGGUGGGCUUGAUGGGCAUGGGCACAUCCGUGGUGGGCGUGAGGCCCAAACCUAAUCAGCUCCUAAUGGGUAAAGGGCUCGAGCCAAACACAGUGGCACCGAUGGGGCUGCAGGCUCAGAUGCAGCCGCAGCAACACCACCUUCAUCACCAGCAGCAGCAGCCCCAGCAACAGCAGCACCAGCAUCACUCUCAGAUGGGGUUGGGGAUGAUCCUCUCAGGUAUGUCUCAGGACCCGUCACAGCUCUCCGCUCUCAAAGCCCAGCAUGCCACAGUGCCAGCUGUGGGCCCCCACCACGGAGUCGCCUCAGCCAAUCCUGGCGCAAGCCUGCAGGGGAUGGCUCAGUUCGGAGCUCCGACUUGUUUCCAGACUGGUCAGGACCGCCUGCCCACAGACUUGGACAUUGACAUGUUCACCGAAAACCUGGAUUGUGACGUGGACUACAUCAUCAACAGUGACCUCAUGGAUGGAGAUGGCAUUGAUUUCAACUUUGACCCCAUACUGCCUGGAGGCCAAGGAUACGCUGGCCCGGCCACCACACAGGGCUCCGCUCACAACUGGGUGCCCAGUUAAUUCCACAGCUGACCACACAAAGUUA